GGGGGAGGCAUCGUAAGGGUUCUUAUUCAAAAAUUGGUCAUUGAAAAACCCGAAGUAUACCAAUUGUAUCAUUUAAGCAAAUGACUUUGCUUUAGAACUACUUUUGUAUAGGAGAACUCUACUUUGUAAAAAAAAAUAAAGUAAAAGUAUACAGCUGGCGGGUACAGAUACAUACAUUAGAUAAAGGUUAUUACUGUAAGACCCGUAUACAAAAGUUGACGCUCUAAAGCCUAUAAAACCCCAUCCGCUUAGCCCUCGACCUGUUACAAUUAUUUCGAUUAGGUUGACUAUGAGAAAAUGGAAAAUCACGAAUGCCAAACACCACUGCUUUGGGAAAACAAGUCUUGAAUCUUGAACAUUCAGUGAGUCUAAAUUAAGUUUGUAACGAGGCCCAAAAGAAAACAUUACUAUUGGUCAAACUUUGUUCUAUUUUUUUAUGGCGAAAAUUAUUUAAAUAAUAAGUGUAUACUCGACUUUUUGUUUGGAGACAUUGAAAUACUAAGGGAGAGCGCAGAUUGCAUUGUUAAAAACAACUUCGUUUAAAAAUAACGCGAAGUUUUAAACGAAAUUUAAUAGCAUCACGUAAUCUGACAGGAAAUAAUCCUAUUGAAAUCCGCAAUAUUCAUUUUUAUGAGGCUUUUAAAGUAUCAAUUUAUCUUUAUAAGUGAUAAAUAUCGUAUUCAAUCCUUCUGUUGUCCCGGAGCUACAAUUAUUUAUUGGGCAAAAAAAAUGAGAAAUCAAAUAAUUGGCAAUUUAAGUUGAAACUGACCGCCUCGAAGUUAAAGCUAAUUGAAUUUUUUUUUUUUUUUUACAGUGGACUGAUGAAAGGGUUUGGUUUUGUCUAACCAUUUUUCAAUUACAAAGGAUGCUUUGAGGAUUUGAAUCUACUGAUCCUGAAGCGUGGAGAAUUAAUAGAUCAGGUGAAAGUGCAAAGAAGGGCUGCAAAUACAGAUAGAGAGUAGAAUAUUGACUAAAGCACGCGAAUGACAUACUGUUUCACUUGUAAAUUAAAAAAAGAAGCGAUUAGCGACGGCUUGAUGAACAAUGCUCUCUUCUUCGUGAUGGCAGAUUGAGACGGAUUGGUUCCAUUCACAAUCCCGAACGGUAAACGUGGACUCUAUGAUUUAUGUCUGUGUGGUUAACACAAGUGUGGAGUAUUAUACUUUUUGACGGACCCGGAAGCCACAUUCAAACUCGGAAUCGAGUAAUCAGGCAAGAGUCGACGAGCUCUUUGUGCGCAAAGCUGCGAUGUCCCUUGAAAUUCGUGUCUUUGGCUGUAUCUUCCUCGUAUUUAUCUUCUUCGUCGGACUUAUCGGUAACCUUUUAGUGUGCUCCGUGGUACGCAGUCGAACAGUGCGGAGCUCCGCGACGAAUCACAUCCUUCUCAACCUCGCGAUCGCAGACAUCCUUGGCUGCUUGGUCAACCUGCCCAUCAUGUUUGUCACGUUCUACGUCGACUUUCAAAACAACUUCUUGGAAAGUCUCAGCGACGCGCACUUUGUCUUGACGGUGACCACAGGGUUCCCGGUCUGCCUGUGUCAUCUGUUGCUAUCUGUGGAUAGGUAUGACGCGAUUGUGAACCCGUUUCACCGUCGCGUCACGGUACCCAGGAUGAAAAGGGUAUCUAUCGUGUUGUGGGGUGUAUCCCUCGGCGCGGGACUCAUAGCGGCGGUUCUUGUUGUCAUUAUCCCCACCCACUGGCUAAUACUUCAUGAUGACUCGCCACACUUCAUCGCCGGUGAGGUGCUGAAUGGAGUUGGUACAGCUGUCAUUCUCUCCAUCCUAACCGUCAUGCUCUAUUCAUUCGUCAAGGUCCGCACGAGUUUCCGUGUUCACAACACCCACAUGGUGCAAGCGCUGGGACAGGCUAAAGUCGACAAGGAAAUGCGCCUCACCAAAGUCGCGGUGCUUCUGAUCGCGAGUUUCACGGUCACGUGUCUUCCUUGGGUCUUUAUGCGCCUAGUGUACUCCAUCACCGGCCAUCAGGACAAGGCGGCUUACAUCUUAUCCUACUGUCUUCUAUACCUCUCUCACGCUAUCAACCCGCUACUGUACACAAGCCUGAUGAGACAAUUCAAGCGGGUCAUGUAUCAUAAAAUACACUGUUGCUUCCGCAGACUGAGUUGUCGAGAGCCAGACUUGCAUGACUCGCCCUUGAGCGAGAAUUCCAGGGAGCCAACAGAGGGUGUUAUUUCGCGUGGAAGGCAAAGGCUGUCUUUGGCAGUAGUGCAUCCCUUUUGCCCACAGAAGGGGGUCAAAAAAGACUCCGAGAUAUCUCUUGAAAAAGUGGGAACCAACACAGAAAACAUUGAAAUAGAGUCGUGACACUGAUGUUAAAAUACAUUCUGAUAAAAGGGUGGGACUAGCAACAAGCAAAAAAAUUUAGAAUAGCACCCAGCAAAAGCAAAACAUAUGAUAAUGCAAGACGAAACGGACAAAAUAAAACGAUAUUUUGUCACUCUGUGUGCAGUCAAUUCUUGCUAGAUUUGGGCACCCUGUGUACAGCCAACUCUUGCUAGAUUUGAGCACUCGUGUGCAGCCAACUCUUACUAGAUUUGGGCACCCUCUGCGCGGUUAACUCUUGCUAGAUUUGGGCACCCUGUGUACAGCCAAUCUUGCUAGAUUUGGGCACCCUGUGUACAGGCAACUCUUGCUAGAUUUGGACAUCCUGUGUACAGCCAACUCUUGCUAGAAUUGGGCACCCUGUGGUCGGGUAACUCUUGCUAGAUUUGGGCACCCUGUGUACAACUAACUCUCGUUAUUACAAACAGCGACGAGUUGUUACCGGGAUUGAUUUUCCGUAAUAACGGGGUGUUCAUAAUCUCAAGGUGUCCGUAAUAACGGGGUGUCCGUUAAAACGAGGUGUCCGUAAUAACGAGGUUUCCGUAAUAGUGGGGUGCCCGUAAUA